AUGCAUUCAUUUCUGAAACGCCAAAAUUUGGAAUAUGCGAUAAUCGUUGUCAAUCAAACGAAAGGCGAAAUAUUUAAUCGAGGGAAAUUGUCUAACAUUGGAUACGUCGAAGGCGUUAAGUUAUAUGACUGGGAUUGCUUUGUGUUCCAUGAUGUUGACCUAUUACCUGAAAAUAGUCGUAACAUUUAUACUUGUUCGGACAAUCCUAUACAUUUAACUGCCGCUAUAGACUUAUCGAAUUAUAAAUUACCUUAUUAUACUAUUAUGGGUGGAGCAGUGGUAUUUACUAAAGCACAGUUUUUGAAAAUUAAUGGAUAUUCCAAUAACUAUUGGUCAUAUGGAGGAGAAGAUGAUGAUUUAACAGGAAGUUGUCGGUUCUAUAUUCUUCAAAAAACAUUUGAAAUGUGGCAUGAAGACGGUCUAUCAAAUUUAGACUAUGAAGUUGUACAUAAUGAGAAACUUCAACUUUAUGUAAAUUUAGUUGUCCGAUUAAAAGAGAAAGAAUCUAUAGCAAUCUUGGAAGGAAGGAAGGAUUAUGAAAAAUAUAAACGAUGUGCCAAGUUAGUCAAUUUUUUGAAAAAGCUUAUACACCAAAUAAUUCCCACUUUCCGGCAAAUAUUUCUAAAGUAA